AUGGAGCUAAAACUGCAAUUGCCUUAUGAGCAGACAUUUCAUUUGCAGUCGACGGAGAAGAUGAUUCGGCGAGAUGCUUUAGAAGCUUCGAGCAAUCGCAAAUCUGGCAAGCUCAUAGUUCGUAGUAACGGCUACGGUGUGCCUACCAGCUACACGGUUACGACUAAUGGUCGUGUGUCGAAUAUGGUAAACACGCUCGUGACCCAUGAAGACGAGUUUGGACGUAGCUCCAAGUCUCUCGUAGUGCAUGACAUUCGAGCCGAAGUGCGCAAGCUGCAGGGUUUUCAUCAGACAAAACCAAAGCCAGGCGAGAUGUGGUUUGCUGUAAACGCGGACUGGGUCCAUGCUUGGUUGCUCUUUGUGUCAAAGUACAAGGGUGAAGAGGGUCACAACCCUGGCACUGUAGACAACAUGCCGCUGAUUUCAGACGACCUAUCGAAUGGCACGUUUCAGAUUAAGAAGAAUUUGGUCAUUAAGAAGGAUUUUCGGAUGAUCAACAAACAGAGCUGGGACUACUACCAGCAUGUAUAUGGUGGGGGACCUGCGAUUGAAGUGCAGAUUCCUAUAGACUGCGCCAAUCCGCCGCAGUGGCUAGAAACUCUUCAGCUCAGUAAAGUUGCCCGUGUCAACUCUAAUUACGUCGAUAUGCACUGA